CUAAUUUCUGCGGCAGAUGCGGAGGAGAGGGACAGGUUCGGCUCUACUGCUCUUCACUACGCGGCGGGAGGAGGACACUUGGACGCUGUGAAGCUGCUGCUGGGCAGAGGGGCGAAGAUAAACUCUCAGAACCAUGACGGAGAUAGCCCGCUGCACCUCGCAGCGAAGGGCUCGAGCUUCAACGUGCUGGUAGAGCUGCUGGAAUAUGGAGCUGACAUGAGCCUGAAGAACAAGCGAGGCAACGACGCAGCAACGAUUGCG